UCCAGGGUUUACAGGUAUGACUUUAUGUCUCUAGAUGAACCUGACAGCAAAAUGUGCGAUGGACUUUCUGGACCAAAUUCUAAACAUCUCAGCUGAAGAACGUCACCAGGAGAUGGUGGAAGGUUAUCUAAACACAAUAACGAUUCUGAUGACUUCUGUGAUGAACACUGUGACUGAUGAAGAUGAUCUGAUACGGUUUGGAGAUUCUGUGUUGAAUGUGAACGAGAAACUGGCGUCCACGCUGCUGAGGAACACGGAGACCUUCAACCUGACCAGCAUCUUCCUCCAAAUGUUAGAAGUCCAGGUCUUCCAGGUUGGACCGGCUGGAGCAGAUCCCUACCUGAGUGAAGUUCUCCAACUCCAAAUGAGCACCGUAACCAUGGACAUCGAUCUCAGCGAGAUCUUGAAUGAGAACAACGGAUCUGCAGCUGUGGGCCUCAUCAGCUACUCCAACAUGGCAGAGAUCCUCAAAUCCAGCUUGUUCAACACAAUUGCAGACGAUGAGAACGUCUUGGUGUCCAGUGUGGUGUCAGCUGUGCUUCCCAAAACCAGCAACACUCAGCUAACUAGAGCAGCUAAUUUCACCUUUAAACACAACACUGUGUUUUCCAUUACAGACCCUCUGUACUGUGUUUACUGGGACUCCAGUCGGUGGGUUGAAAGUGGUUGUGAUGUUACGAGGAUUAACACGACUCACACCGAGUGUUCAUGUUCUCACCUGUCCACCUUUGCUCUCAUUGUGCAAAAUAGAUACAUGCCUUCUGGAAUAGGCUUUCUGGAACUGUGUACAAUAGUAGGAAUGGUCUGCCUGGGCUUAUCUUUACUGACCUUCACUGUUUGUCGGGACCCAAAAAGAAACAAAACAGCGCUAAUAAAUUUGAGCUUAAAUAUUCUGAUACGUAAUCUUUACUACGAGAUGCCAUAUUCUUUUUUUAAGCUUAUAUACUCUGAUCGGUUAUUACGUGCAGUGAUUGCUGGUGUGAUAGACUGCCUGAACUUCUCGUUUUUCGUGUGGAUGUUCCUUGAGGCCGUGGUGCUCUACAUCUUGGUGAGGAACCUAUCGAAGAUCGGAUCGGGCCAAAGAAAAGUGCCAAACUGGAAGUGGCUCAUGCUGAUUGGACAUGGUACUUCACUGUCAUUGACUGUUGUGAGCUCAUCAUGUAAAUAUGUAAUACGGUGUACGAGAGAAGUCUUCAUAUUUACUUUUAUUUAUCCCAUUUGUGUCCUCAAUACAAUGAGCACAGUCCUUGUCAUCGUUCUCAUCAUCCACCUGAUCAACACUCUGAUACAAUUAAAGAACAAUAGCCAACAGAUGAAUAACACGGUGGAUAAGAAGCUCAUGAUAAGUGUGGUACUGAAAGGCCUGGCCCAGUUUGUCAUCCUUGUCAUCCUUGGAUAUCCAUAUGUAAUCUUAAUCACAAUCAAAAGAGAAGCUGCAAUGUUCAGUCUCUUCCUUAUGUCCCAGCAGGGCACAUUUAUUUUUCUCGUCCACUGUGUCUUCAACCAGAAGGUCAGGGAGAAGUACAAGCAAAUCCUGGGUGCCUGUUUUCACUAUUUAACAUCAAAGAUAACUAGAAGGGUGUAGGACAUCCAGCAAACAGCGUGAACAUCCGUGAGGCGAUUACAGAACUCGUUUCUGAAAAAGUUGGGACACUAGAGAAAAUAACGUCAGUGCUGCAUUUAAACCCAAUAAGUACCAACAGCGUCUGUAUAUGCUGCCCUCUGGUGGUCUUUUCUGGAGCUCUGAUGCUGAUUUUGACCUGAAAAUCCAGCACUUUUGAGAAUCUUCCUACAAAUACUGACAGAAGAAGGUUUCAGAGUUUAUUCUAUAUAUACACACAUCAGUUUGUUUAUAUCAUGUGUUCAUGAUGCUGUUUACUGCUUGUAAUAAUGACGUCUUAGUUUAAAACGACUUUAUUAGAACUGUAUAUGAAUUAUCGGAUCUAUUUGCUCAGAAUCAGAUGUGGAGCUUCUCUGUAGAUCUUCAUGUUUAUCAUUUUACAGGAUCUCUUUAUUGUACAGUGUGUACUCUGUGUGGAUUUGCAUUCUGCCUAAUCACCUCCAAACAUCACCAACAUGUUUAGAUGUUGUUUUCACCUGGACUUAGUGAUUCCUAAACGUUUAUAAUCUUAUUUUAGUGUUUUUCAUGGUGAUGGUUACAGUUCUGUAUUGUACUUAUUACAUUUUAUUAAAUUACAUUUUAUAUUCACGGUUUA